UCGUUCCUCCACUUCACUAGUAACCGAGUUGGUGAACGGAACGCGUUACGAGCGUUUACUACUAUUAUUAUUAUUCGUUCCUCCUCCUUUGCGUACGCGCUAUAUAUAUUAUUUAUUUUAUUUUUUUUUUUUGUUUUCAAAAUGGCCGUGUGUCCACUGUUUGUUGUUUAGAGCGUGCGUCCGCGAAAUGUUGUCACGUCCGUUCGCUGAUAAAACCAAUUCCGAUACGUUUGACCAGUUCGCGCGCCGUACAUUUCACCCGAUCGUCACCGCACGCGCUUGCCCGGCCCGCUCCGACGGACACUUGGUUGAAUUCGGCGGGUCCCGCUGAAUUCCGGUAAGCCUGUCCGUGUUUCGCGCGUCGACUAAGUUAUUUUUUUCCGGAAAUAAUUUAGCCGUCGCUCCGCCAACUACGUCUAACCACCGUCGGCGGAACCUUUGCAGCCGCCUGCCCGUAGUGUCGGCGGCAUCCGGCCGUGAUCAGUGGUGGUCACUGGUCGUCUGAAAGGAUCAAAAAUCACAUACAUUUUGUUCUUCCUGCGAUGACCGUUGUGGACUCAUGUUCGACGCAAUGACUGACACCAAGCGGCGAGUGAAGUUGUACGCCCUGAAUGCCGAUCGUCAGUGGGACGACCGUGGCACGGGGCAUGUGUCGUGCACAUACGUCGAACGGCUCAAAGGCGUUUCUCUUUUGGUUCGAGCCGAAGCCGAUGGUGCUCUUUUAUUAGAAUCAAAAAUUCAACACGAUACAGUCUAUCAAAAACAACAAGACACACUAAUUGUUUGGUCUGAAGCUGAUAAUUUUGACUUGGCAUUAAGUUUUCAAGAAAAAGCUGGUUGUGAAGAAAUAUGGGAAAAAAUUUGUAGUGUUCAAGGAAAGGACCCAACGAUAGAGACUACUCAAGAUAUUGUUGAAGAGUCUGAAGAUGAGCGGUUUGAUGAUCUGUCAGAUUCAGCCCCUCCUGUUGAACUACCGCUAUGUGAAAUUGGCAGACUUAAAGAAAUUAAAGACCUUUUUAUCACUUGUAUGGCCACACCUUUAAAUAAAGAUAGGUUAGCUGAAGCUAUUGAAAAUGAUGGCUAUGUACGCAAGUUGGUGAAAUUAUUCAAUCUGUGUGAGGAUCUCAAUAAUUUGGAAGGUCUUCAUUGUUUAUAUGACAUUGUCAAAAACAUUUUCCUUAUCAAUAAAAAUGCUUUGUUUGAAAUGCUUUUUGCUGAUGAUAUUAUAUUUGAUGUCAUUGGCUGUUUAGAGUAUGAUCCAACUUUACCUAUCCGUAAAUACCAUAGACAUCAUUUAAAGAAUGUUUCAAAAUUUAAAGAAGUCAUUCUGAUAACUAAUCUCGAGUUAUUGAACAAAAUACAUCAGACACAUAGAGUGCAGUACAUUCAGGAUGUGGUUCUUCCAACACCAUCCGUAUUUGAGGAUAAUAUGUUAUCUGCAUUAAGUAGUUUUAUAUUUUUUAAUAAAGUGGAAAUCGUCACUUUAAUACAAGAAGACGAAAAGUUUUUACCAGAUCUGUUAGGUCAACUUCAAGAUGAAAGCACGCCAGACUCCAGGAAACUGGAAUUAGUGCAAUUCCUCAAGGAAUUCUGCAAUUUUUCACAAAAUUUACAGCCCCCACAAAAAGAAGGAUUUUUCAGAACUCUGACAUCUCUGGGUAUUUUACCAAUGCUUGAAAUGACUUUAAUGUCUGAAGAUGUGAAUAUUAAGCAGGCUGCCAUUGACAUUCUUACCAUUCUUGUUGAAUUCUCGCCUUCUGUUAUACGAGAAUACAUUCUGCAGCAGUCUUCAGAUACCGUGACUCAAGCAAAUGGAAGUGAAGUAGAAUUGAUGCUAAUGAAUGUGAUAAUUGAACAGAUGAUAUGUGAUACAGAUCCUGAUCUCGGACGUGCUGUCCAGUUAAUGGGUGUUAUACGGGUAUUAAUUGAUCCUGAAAACAUGUUGCCUUCACUAAGCAAAGUAGAAAAAACUGAUUUUCUCAACUAUUUUUACAAACACAGUGUCCAGAUUCUCAUAGCACCAUUAUUGGCAAACACAGUGGAUGGUGAGCCAGCACGAGAUGAUUACCAAAAUGCACAGUUAUUGGCACACAUCCUUGAAUUGCUGACAUUUUGUGUAGAACAUCAUUCAUAUCAUAUAAAAACUUGCAUUCUGAACAAAGAUUUAUUGAAACGUGUAUUGGUACUAAUGAAGUCUGCCCAUAAAUUUUUAGUAUUAGGAGCCUUACGUUUCAUGAGGAAAAUUGUUGCACUCAAAGACGAGUUUUAUAACCGUUAUAUUAUGAAGGGAUGUUUAUUUGGUCCUGUUAUUGAUUGUCUACUAGAUAAUAAUGGCCGAUACAAUUUACUCGAUUCUGCCAUUAUUGAAUUAUUUGAAUUUAUAAAACUUGAAGAUAUAAAAAUUUUGAUAGCACAUGUUGUUGAAAAUUAUGGUAAAAAGUUUGAACACAUUGAUUAUGUACAAACCUUCAAAGCCCUAAGGAUACGUCAUAGUCAGCAAACAGAAAAAUUAAAAGAAAAACCUAUCACAAGUUGUAUUACUAGUGUUACUGUGUCCACUGGUCGAUUUAGAAGAGAUCCACGACAAAUAGAAGAUGAAGAAGAAAUAUGGUUUAAUAACGAAGAUGAUGAAUUUGAUGAUGGUGAAGCAGUUGUUCCACAUACAGGAAUGACCGGUUCAACUGAAAUUACAGCCUCUGAACAAUUGGAAUCCAUAGGUAAAAGUAUCGACAAGAAAUGUGAAGGUAGCAGCACAAAAAUAUUUGGCACUACGGUAAAAACUACCCCAAUUAUGAACAAUAAUUUGGCAGCUACUCCGGCAUUGAGUUCAUCACCUGAAGAUUCAAAAAAUAGUUCUCUUUUGAAAAAAGCUUUAGUUGACUAUGAAGGUGAUUCAGAUGAAGAAGAAGAUGAAAAUGGAGAUUUAAAAUCGCCAACCAAGAGGCCCCGUUAUACAUAAUAUGUUUGUAAAUUUUCUUAUAUCUAUAAUUUGAAUAAUAAUUUACCUGUUUUGUUAUACAAAACAAGCGCCAACACUUGAUAAUUUUAAGUUAUAGACUAAAUGACAUCACCCCUGUGUAAAUAAUAAUCUUGCUAAGUAUGAUACGCCUUAUAGAUGUUUUCAUAAAUAAUGUGUAAAGCUAGGUAAAUGUUGCUUAAAAACAUUUCUAUUUUCAUUUUUUACCCAAAACCAAAUCUUGUACAUUUGACUUUCCUUUGGACUGUUAAUAUCUAUCAGUACUUAAUGAUAACUAUUAUUGUAAUUACAAUAACAAAAAAAAAAAUAAAAUAAAUUUGUACCUGGUUUAUAUUUCUCAAAAGGAACAAUCAAACUAACUAACAAGUUAACUAUUAAAUAUUGGUAUGAGGAAGACCAUUUUAUUUUUAUGUUGUUUUAAAGUGAUCUUUAAAUUACUGCAAUUAUUGUUGUGAUAUUUUAAACUCUUAAUUUGUUUUUCUUUUUGUUUUUGUACAAAUGUCGCUGUUCAAAUGCUGCGAUCCACAACUGUAAUUGAUUUCAUACAAACCGUAGAGCUUUUUGUAGAUAUUUUCAUGUCAAUGGUGUAUAUUAAAAAAUUAUACAAUAUCGAUUUUUAGA